AUGGAUCCCGAGAGGCGGAAACAGGUCGAGAAGAGGCUGAAGAUGAAGUUGGACCUGCGAUGCUCGAUUUUCGUCCUCAUGUACAUCAUGAACUAUCUCGAUCGAAACAACUUGGGAGCUGCACGUCUCAAGGGUCUCGAAGCUGACCUCCGUCUCGACGAGACGCAGUAUGCGACUUGCCUCAGUAUUCUAUACGUUGGCUACAUUCUGAUGCAAAUUCCGUCCAACAUGAUCAUCAACAAAGUCCCUCGCCCAUCAUGGUACAUUGGUAUCGUCAUGCUCAUUUGGGGAAUGAUCUCAACGCUCUCCGGCAACGUUACGUCCUUCGGCGGCAUGGUGGCCAUCCGUUUCUGCAUCGGUUUCGUCGAGGCCGCUUUCCUUCCUGGAGCCCUCCUCAUCCUAUCCAAGUGGUACACUCGCCGCGAACUCACGAAGCGCAACGCCAUCCUCUUCUGUGGUAACCUGAUUUCGAACGCCUUCAGUUCCCUCGUCGGCGCCGGCGUGCUGUCGAACAUGGAGGGCACGCUCGGUCACAGGGCCUGGAGAUGGCUGUUCUGGAUUGAGGGUGCAGCCACUAUGUUCAUCGCGAUCCUCGCCAUCUUCAUUCUGCCCGAUCUGCCGCACAAUACCAGAGGCUUUACGGAGGAAGAAGGCGCCGUGGCUGUGCUGCGCAUGACGGAGGAUGUUGGUGAGGCGGACGUGGACUCCGAGACCAUGGGUGCAUUUAGCGGACUUCUCAUGGCCGUCAAGGACGUGAAGAUUUACGUUAUGAUGCUCACCUUCACUGCCUACGUCGUUGGGCUCUCCUUUAACGCAUUCUUCCCCACGCUCACCGGCACUCUCGGCUUCGGAUACGUCCCCACGCUUCUGAUGAGCGCCCCGCCGUGGGCAUUUGCCUGCAUUGUCAGCUUGAUCAACGCAUGGCACGCGGAUCGCUGUGAGGAGCGCUUCUGGCACAUCGUCGGCCCCAUCAUCGGCGGCAUCGUCGGCUUCGUCAUCAGCAUGUCUACUGAGAACGUUGCCGCGCGAUAUGUCGCGCUCUUCCUGCAGGCCUCCGCCUACGCAGGCUUCAUCGUAUUCUACUCCUGGAUCUCGUCUUCCUUCCCGCGUCCGCCGGCGAAGCGCGCAGUCGCUAUUGCCAUGAUUAACGCGUUCUCGCAGCUUGGCAACAUUGCGGGGUCGUAUGUCUGGAACAUGAAGGCGAACGGGUACAGGAAGAGCUACGGGCUUGUCACGGCCAUGUUCGGCGUUACGAUCUUCGGAUGCUGGGUCUUCAAGAUUAUCCUCCAGCGGCUGAACAAGCAGAUCGACGAGGGCGAGGCGGCGUGGGUGACGAGCGGGGAUGUGGCCGAGCAGACCGCAAAGACGGAAGGUGUGUCCGUGGAGGAAGGGACGAAGUUGGUCAGAGGGUUCAGGUACCUCAUCUAA